AUGGAGUCUGGACUGGGUAAUUGGCCAUCCUAUGACCCUCACAACUUCAGUCAGCUUCGACCUUCCGAUCCUUCAAGUUCUUCUAAAAUGACACCGGCCACUUACCAUCCUACUCACAGCAGGACCCUUCCACCACCUGAUCAAGUGAUAAGUACUGAAGCCAAAAAUAUCCUCCUGAGACAUAUCUAUCAGCAUGCUGAGGAGAAGUUGAAACCAAAAAGAGCAGCAUCUGAUAACCUUUUACCGGAGCAUGGAUGCAAGCAACCUAGGGUUUCCAGCUGA